GAGGUUGGAGGGAAUGAGGCUGAAGGGAUAGGCGAUGUCCGCAACAACUUUGGCGGGGUGCCGACUUCUUCAGAGAAGAAGCGCGAGCGACAGAGGAUGGUGCGAGAGGAGGUGGUGGAAGAAAUCCGCCGCAUGAAGAGGAUGAAAGGACAUUCGGAGUCGAUGAUUGGCGGGGAUGGAGGUAGCGUCGGAGAACGUGCCUCGGGAAAGAGGACGCCAGAGAUGCAUGGCGGACAAGAACAAGGAGUCGAAAAGAGGUUGUCGAAGGAAGAGGGUGCAACGGCAAGUAAGAAAGCGAGGAGGCCCGACGGUUUAACCAUCCGCGAUGGGCAAGCUAUGGAUGGAGGAGAUUCGGCUCAUCCAGGCGCUGCCGCCGCGAGAGAACUUUCAGAGAAAUCCAAAAGAAAACUGGCAGCUGAAGAAGGCGAUGGCCAGAAGAAACCUCGGAGGAGGAAGACUGCUGAGGGGGUGAGCGGUGGCGAAUGGGCUGUCRGUAGGCAGUUCGACGAAGCGGCAGCGUUCUGGCUUGAGUACGAGCGGAACAAUGACGGUGAGAUCGUGGAGAAGGAGCUCCCCGUUCAACUGCUCAUCGACCCUAGGAAGGUCUGCGACAUCCUGUCGUGGAAAAGAUAUUACAACCACCGCAGUCUCACUAUCGAUGGUGUGGAGGAUAUCAAGGGUGCGAUGCUAAGGCAGUUCCACGAGGAAAAGGGGAAGAUAUGGACGAAGAACCCUUUGGUUCUGGCACCCAUCUACAAGUCGGUGACGCAGAAGCCGGAGAGAGUUUAGAGGGUUCACAAAGAUGUCUUCAAGCCAGAGGACAAGGACAAGUACUUCUAUUUUCCUGUCAACGGGCAACACACCGUGGCUGUUGUGAAGGAGUUGGCCGGUGAACAAAUAUUCGAAUUGUGG